AUUUUCUUUUCGGUUCAAUUUGAAUCUAAUCGUAAUUGAGCAUCGAAUAUAGAACUUGUUAUAAAUAAAUAAUUAUUACAGGGAUAAACUAGUAGAACAUUGAAGUAACUAAACAUAAUAUUUUAUGUACUAUAUCCUAUUUAAAAAUGCCAACUACACAUCCCACAUCAGUCGACAUUCCCCUAACAAUAAAGGAAAUCAGAGUAGGCCAAUUAGUUAUACCCAUAAGCUCAUGCAUGGCCUAUGGCUACAUAAAAAGUAAGGCCAGGAACCUGAUGGCUUCUUGUAAGCCUAAACCUAAAACUGAGCACACGCGUAGCCUAAAUUGAAAGAACAUAUUGACGGUUUCAAUUGAAAAUUACAUCAGUAAAUUGAUUUAUUUAAACAAAAAUGACCAAAAGUGAAGUGAAAAUUAUCAUCGGCAACAUAAUACAUUGCCCUCAGAAAUUGAAAAUUGAAUUGUUGGAGAAUGGAUUUGUUGUUGUGCAAGGCAAACAGAUUACUGCAAUUGGCGACUCUGCAACCUUCCAACACCAAUUGACCCUUUUACAAGCUCAAGGCAAUCAAAUCGAAACAAUCCACCUGAAACAAUCACAAAUUCUAAUUCCAGGAUUUGUGGAUACUCACAUCCACGCGCCGCAGUAUCCUAAUGCUGGCUUGGGCUACGACAAAACUCUUCUGGACUGGCUGAAUUGUUACACAUUCAACUUGGAAAGAAGGUAUAGGGACUUGAAUCUGGCAGAAAAUGUUUUCGAUGCAGUUGUCAAAAAGACAAUCAAUCAUGGUACAACUACAGCGUGUUAUUUUGCUUGCUUGUUCACUGAAGCCAGCAUAGUUUUAGUUGAUUCGGUCAUAAAGUAUGGCCAGAGGGCUUUAGUUGGUAAAGUCAACAUGACGAAAUCUUCAUGCCGUGAUUAUGUGGAGACUGAAGAGGAAUCACUUGAGAAUACUAUUAAAUUUAUUGAUAAUGUUGUUUCAAGAAAUAAUCCUUUGGUUCAACCAAUAAUCACUCCAAGAUUCGCCCUUAGCGCAGAUAUUGAGCACAUGACUGAAUUAGGAUACAUAGCAAAAAAUAAUAAUUUAAGUAUACAGACCCAUAUUUCAGAAAACCUUGACGAAGUACGUUUGGUUAAAGAAGAAUUUGGCUUGUCUUAUGCCAAUGUGUAUGACAAAUCAAAUCUUUUAACAGACAAAACAGUAUUAGCUCAUGGAAUUUACUUGAGCGAUGAAGAACUAAGACUGAUAGCUGCAAAAGGUUCCUCGAUAUCCCAUUGUCCAGAGUCUAAUACUUGCCUGAAAUCGGGCCUGUGCGAUGUGAAAAGGCUGCUAGAGUUUGGUGUAAAAGUUGGAUUGGGUACGGACGUUUCCGGAGGACCGUCGCCUUCAAUUUGCAAAGCCAUGCGAUCGGCUUUGGAUACUUCAGUAUGCCUGUCGUUUUCUAAAGAAAACUACGAACCGCUUAUUUAUACGGAUGUGUUUUAUUUGGCUACUCUAGGAGGCGCCGAAGCACUCAAUUUGGAUGAUAAAGUUGGUAACUUUACGGUUGGAAAAGAAUUCGAUGCUCUUAUAGUUGACAUGAAUGUGGAAAAUCCGCAAAUUGAUUGUUUUCUUGAAUGUACUCCAAUGGAAAUUUUACAAAAAUUUGUUUAUUGUGGGGACGAUAGAAAUGUUGUUAGUGUUUUUGUUGCUGGGAAAAAUGUGAAAUGAAUUAAAGUAGGUACCUAAUUGAGUAGGUAAUGAAUUUGUUCACGCAAAUUGGGGCAAAUUCGAUAAGGAUUGGAUCUUAAUCAAAAAUAAUAAUUGAUAUAUUUUUUUGGUGAUAUUACAUAAUAUUAAAUUAAGAUAUUCCUUAGGGUUUCAACGUCAUUGUUAGGUUUACAUAGUAGAUAGGUACUUAGAAAUACUACUUAAGUUUAAGUCAUUGACCUUUGAUAGCACUUAUUUAGUUUGUAGAACUUUUAUCAAAAACUAUAUAAAAUCAUACGAGUCAUCUAUCUUAUUUAAUCAUACAAUAAAAUAAUUUCUAGAA